UAUAACAAAUUAGUCAUGACAAUUUUCCUUUUUUUUGGUCAUGUGCAGAUAAUAGGAUUGGGAUCACUAAUUAUAAUGCCAGUGUUGGGGAAUCUGUCGGACACGUAUGGGAGAAAAGUCAUGCUGAUGGUUCCUUUGACCCUUUCCAUAUUUCCUCUAGUGAUAUUGGCAUACAGCAGGACAAAAUACUUCUUCUAUGCUUACUACGUCCUAAGAACUCUCGUUGCUAUGGUUUGCGAAGGAAAUGUACACUGCCUCGCUCUUGCCUAUGUGGCUGAUGUAGUUCCAGAGAGCCGCCGUGCCUCUGUCUUUGGAGUCCUCUCUGGGAUUGCUUCCUCUGCUUUUGUCUGUGGAAACCUCUCUACUCGCUUCCUCUCCACUGCUUCCACUUUCCAGGUUGCUGCAACAGUGGCAGUGAUAGCUCUGGUAUACACAAGGAUGUUUCUCCCAGAACCUUUGAUAAAGGACCAUAUUUCUGCUAAAGGAACAGAUACAAUUUGUCUUUUGCAAAAAGCUCCAAAGAAAAACAUCCAAUUAUUGAAGACAUUGCCUUCUUUCAACGAUGUAAUCUGUUUGUUAAGAAAUAGCUCAACACUCUUACAUGCAGCUAUUGUUUCAUUCUUUGUUUAUGUUGCACAAGUUGGCCUUGAGUCCUCUCUUCUUUAUUUCUUGAAGGCUCAGUUUCACUUCAACAAAGACCAAUUUGCUGAUUUGCUGAUAAUUUCUGGGAUUGCAGGAUCCAUAUCACAGCUACUGCUCAUGCCCACAUUAGUUCCUGCUCUUGGUGAGGAGAAGCUGCUCUCUGUUGGGCUCUUUUUCAGUUGUGUUCAUAUGCUACUUUAUAGCAUUGCUUGGUCCUCAUGGGUCCCUUACGCUAGCGCUUUGAUCUCUAUUAUGUCUAUUUUUGCAAUGCCAUGUUUGAAGAGCAUGGCCUCCAAGCAAGUUGGGCCAAAUGAGCAGGGAAAGGUUCAAGGAUGCAUCACAGGCAUAUGUUCCUUUGCAAGCGUAGUUUCCCCAUUUAUUUUUAGUCCUUUAACAGCUUUAUUUCUAUCAGAACGUGCACCCUUUCAUUUCCCAGGAUUUGGUCUAGCCUGUGCUGCCUUUGCUUUAUUGCUAGCUUUCGUUGAGAGCUUCAUGAUAAGAUCACCUCAUCCGAUAACCAAUUGCAGUCUAAGCAAUUCAGAUUCAGCAGAACCGUAGUCUUGCAAUUGGAGUGUAAUGGCUCUAAACCGUAAGGCCAUUUCUUUAUAGUUCAAUCUAUUCAACUUCAUCGACAGUGUAUUAUGGCAUACUAGAGGCAGCCUGAAAUUCUACAUGUAGCAAAUGUGUUGUCAAUCUCAAUAUCAUUAGCUUUGGCUUCUGCUUGUAACUAUAGACUAUAGAGAAGUGUUGUUUGUCAAUAGUGUUAUUUUCCAUCUUAGAUGACUCCGUAAAUGAUUGCUCAGAGGAAAUUAAAAUAUGUACAUAUGUAUGAUAAUGAACGUAUACUAGGAAGAUUUCCUUUCUUUUUAAUUCAAUUCCCCUGCUGUUAUUUAUU